CCAGCCCCGGGAGCAUCCCCGGAGCGCCUGGAAAGACAAUUCCUAAUGAAUUUAACUUGUUCUGCCAAGAACUGAUCGUUUCCUGCUCGAGAAAUUGUGGCGGCUCCGCAGCUUUCCCGGCAGCCGCAUUCCCUGCCUUCCGCCGGGUCCUGGCAGGGCACAAAGUGCCAGGCAGGGCAGGAGGGCGGCUCUGGGGGCAGCUCUUAUCUCCUGCCCGCAGUCCUCGGCUCCCUUUGGAGCGGGAGGAGCGGAGCCGAGGGAGGGAGAGCGGAGAAGUCACCCCCGGACACCCCCGGGCGAGUGGGCGCCGCUGUGGGGGUGCCUGUCCGAGUGGCCACCCCCGAGUGACCACCCCUGAGCCCCGGGUGCCACCCCCAGCGCCCAGCGGAGCCCCCAGACUCGGAGGAGCCGCUGCCAUCGUGGGAAACCGUCAUGGGCAACUGUGUCCCCGUGACCCCCGGCAUCCUGGAGACCCGGGACUCGCUGGACCUGGCGGAAAUCAUGGACUUCUCCUCCUUCUACGACGACAGUGACAGCAACGACACCUUCGUGGACUACGACGCCGCGCCCUGCCACAACCACUUCUGUCCCCUCUUCCAGCGCGUCGCCCCCCCUUUCCUGGCCGCCACCUGCGCCGCGGCCGCGCUGGGCACCGGUGCCCUGCUGGUGGCCCUGGCCAAGCGUCCCCAGGCGUGGCGGUGGCCGCAGAGCCGCGCGCUGGUGGCGCAGCUGGCGCUGGGCACGGCACUGUUCGCGGCGCUGCUGCCGGCGCUGGCCGCGGGCAUCGGGUGGGGCUGGCACUUGGGGACGGGCCCGUGUCGCCUCACGCACCUCCUGUGGCACUGGAGCCUCUUCGCCCAGGCGCUGCUGGUGGCCAGCGGCUCCUGCGGCACCGCCUGGGCUCGCUGGGACCCCCGCAGCCGCCGCCUGGCCGUGGCCCUGUGGGCAGUGGCGCUGCUCUUGGCCACGCCGGCAGCUCUGGUCAGCGGCGUGGCGGCGGGCACCAGCUGUGUCCGGCGCAGCGUGGACAUCCUGGCCCCGGUGUACCUGCUGCACCUGACCCUGUGCCUCUGCCUGCUGCUGCUGUUGCCCGCGGGGCUACUGCUGGCCGCGCUGGCCGUGCCGCGCCUCAGGGCGAACUGGACGGCCGGAGCCGGGCUCAGCUGGCUCUUCCUGGGGCUCUGGGUGCCCUACGGAGCGGGGCUGGCCGGCGAGUUCCUGCUGCAGGCCCGGCUGCUGGAGCCCACCUGCGGCUCCUUCGAGCGCUUCGACUUCGCGCUGGGGCUGAGCGAGGGGCUGGGGGUGCUGCACUGCGGCCUCGGACCCCUGGCGCUGCUGCUCGCCUGGCGCUGCCGCCGCGGGGCCGGCGGGGCCGGGGGCUGCUGA